AUGACGCAGGCGGAGCUACGGCUCUGCUCCCUCCUGCUCCAGGAGCACUUCGGGGAGAUCGUGGAGAAAGUCGGGAACUCCCUGCUCCGGACAGGACCGCGGCCGCUGCGGCUCCUGGUGGGGGACACCGGGCUGCUCCCGGAUCAGGUGAAAAAGGCCCUUUGUGUCCUAAUCCAGCACAACCUGGUGCGGUAUGAGGUGCAGCCCAGGGGGUGUGUGGAAUACGAGGCACGAAGUGAGCGGAUCCUGCGGAUCCUGCGCUACCCCCGUUACAUUUACACAGCCAAGACGCUCUAUGGGGACCCGGGGGAGCUGCUGGUGGAGGAACUUCUGCUUCAUGGGCUCCUUCCCAUGAGCUUUGCUGUUUCCAGGGUCGCAGAUCGCCUCACUGAAACCAUGGAAGAUGGGAAAACCAUGGAUUACACAGAAGUGUCCAGCACGUUUGUGCGCCUGGCAGAUACCCACUUCAUCCAGAGGUGCCCGAUAGUCCCGGAGAGCCCCCAGAACACCAAGGCACCGCCACCCCCUGCACCAGCCCUGGCCAUCGCCGAGAAGGACAUGUACGUCGUGCCUCGGCUCAGCCUUGUUGGGAAAGGGAAGCGGAGAAACUCGUGUGAUGAGGAAGAGGAGGGGGAGUACAAGGCCAAAAGGCAGAAGCAGGAGAGAGGAAGCUCAGAGACUCCCCCAGACGAUGGCAUUUACUGGCAAGUCAACCUGGAGCGCUUUCAUCAGCACUUCCGUGACCAGGCUCUGGUCAGUGCUGUGGCCAGCCGCAUGGACCAGACCAGCAGUGAGGUGGUGCGGACCAUGCUGCGCAUGAGCGAGGUGACCACAGCCUCGGGUGCAUCCCACACGCAGCCACUCUCCUCCAAUGAGGUGGGUCCUUGGAAGGCCCUGGGAAGCUGGUAUCCCUUGGAAUCCCUUGAUGUUCCCAGUUUUUUCUGCUGUAGAUAUUCCGAUCUUUUCCAGCUGGGUACAACAUUGGAAAGCAGGUUCUGGACCAGUACCUGGCGCUCCUGGCUGAUGAUCCGCUGGAGUUUGUGGGGAAGUCAGGGGACAGCGGCGGGGGCACCUACACCGUCAGUAUCCUUUGCGAGGAGCUUGGUGUUCCCAGGCGAGAAACAUUCCCAAGCUCUGGAAUUGUCCUUUACCUCAGCCCCUACAGACCUGCACAAGGCCCUGGUGUCCUUGGCCACGGCCACGCUGGAGUCCAUCGUGGAGGAGAGGUUUGGCUCCCGCUGUGCCAGGAUAUUCCGCCUGCUCCUGCGCAAGAAGCACCUGGAACAGAAGCAGGUGGAGGAUUUCGCCAUGAUCCCAGCCAAGGAAGCCAAGGACAUGCUCUACAGGAUGCUCUCAGAGAACCUGGUGUCCUUGCAGGAGAUUCCCAAGACUCCGGACCACGCUCCAUCCCGCACUUUUUACCUGUACACAGUGAAUGUGAUGGCCGCUGCUCGGAUGCUGCUUCACAGGUGCUACAAGAGUGUGGCUAACCUGAUGGAGCGAAGGCAGCAUGAGAUGCGGGAGAACAAGAGGCUCCUGGAGAAGUCCCAGCGUGUGGAGGCCAUUCUGGCCUCCAUGCAGGCCACAGGUGCUGAGGCAGCACAGCUGCACGAGGUGGAGGAGAUGAUCACAGCUCCUGAGCGGCAGCAGCUCGAAAACCUAAAACGCAACGUCAACAAGAUCGAUGCCAGUGAGAACCAGGUAGAUGAGACCAUCUUUGUGCUGGAGUCGUUCAUUGAGAGCACCAUGAAGAGGCCAUGAGGGAACAGGACAGGAACAAGGACAUGGACACAGACAAGGAUAUGGAUGGGGAGAGGAACCAGAUGCCUCCGGCCACAAUGCUUGUGCUACUGAGGAGAAUAAAGCAACAGUUGCUCAUGCA